AGAACAUGGCGGACAGUCUACUCGGCCGUGGGGGAUACACAUUCGCUCCUCAGGGUCAAGCUUCUGUGGAGGUAAGUUGUUGUUAAGAGGUUUGUAGUUGUGAGAGAGUGGUGUUGUGAUGGUAAGGCUGUUGCUAUUGGUCCUGGUCUAGCGUUGUUAAGGUAUUGCAUUGGCAAUGUUAUGGUUUGAUUACGGCAUUGUUAGGGCAGUGAUGUGGUGUGUGUGUGUGUUGCGGAGAGAGCAGUGUUAUGGUACCGGUAUUAUUUUUGCCCAGUUAUUUAACUGAUUAUGUUAUUGUGUCGUUAUGGUCAUGAAAUGGUACUGUAUUGGUAAUGUUACGUUUGGUUAUGGAAUGGUUAUGGUAGUGAUGUGGUGUGUGUGGGGCAGAUAAGGUAGUGUUAGGGUGCUGAUACCACUUUGCCUAGUUAUUUUACUCAUCAUGUUAUGGUAAUUUAAGGGCGUCGUUAUGGUUCAGAAAUGGCAAGUUUUUUUUUUAAUGUUAUGGCUAUGUUAUAUAAUUUGGAAGUGAUAAGGUUUUGUUGUACCCAUUAAGGAUUUGAUAUAAAUUAGUUAUGGCAUUGUUAUGGUGACCGAUAAUAAAAUGCAAAAUGCUAUUUCAUUGAGAAUGUUAUGGUGUCGUUAUGGUGUUGAAGUGGUGUUGUUUGUCAUGCGAUGCUGGUGUAUCGUUAUGGGAUUGGUUACAUUUACUGCUUGACAUUUGUGUAGAUGUGUUUGUUGAUGGGACACUGAUGUUGAGAAUUAAUAUGCUGCACUUUUUAUAAUGGAUUAGCUAUGACGUGGCGUCUUAAGGCUUUUGCCAGUGAGACGUGUUGAGUCGUUGAAUUUUAGAAGAAAGAUCUGGCUGCCAAUAAACGAGAAAUUCCUUCACAGUGUUUUUGUCAUUGAUCAUCUCGAAGCCAUAUAAGUCAGACUGACAGUUACAAUGUCAGGAAUUCAUGUUGCUCUUGAAGCCAUAUAAGUCAGACUGACAGUUACAAUGUCAGGAAUUCAUAUAGCUCUUAAAGCCAUAUAAGUCAGACUGACAGUUACAAUGUCAGGAAUUCAUGUUGCUCUUGAAGCCAUAUAAGUCAGACUGACAGUUACAAUGUCAGGAAUUCAUACUGCUGAUGUAAAGGGUGUUUAUUAUGUAUGCGAUCAGGGAUAUGGGCCAGAGGACCGGCAUUGGACCCAGAUGAGAGGCUCGCCAUUGUUACUGAGUAAUCAAUAACCAUGGCUUGCGAUUGAAAUACAUAUAUAGGUCAAUAGCUACUGGAAGCUUUAGUGUAAUGAUUAUAGUUACCCAGAUGUGCAUACGUAUUCCGCUAACUGUGUAUAUUGUAUAGUCGUCCAGAUGUUGAAAUCUGAUUGAACUUUUUUAAUAGACACACACUUUUCAUAACUUUCUUAGCUUUACUGCAUACCUGUUUACCCCCUGGCUAGUGUCAGAUUAGUAAUAAGCUCUCAAAAACGGAGUUUAGAACCCCAAAGAGUAGUUUGGACCAUUACUAUUAGUGUGACACAGUUUGGGAGGGGGGGUAGAGGAUAGGGUUACAAUUAAAAUACAAGUUGCGCCAGAAAAUGGGCUCAGCUGCUUGGCUGCCUAUGUAAGUUAACAUAAUAAAAUCUACAAGUUACGUUUCUCUGAUGUGUUAAAGGAGUUCGUUCAGAUUCGAUCGCACAUGGUGCUAGCCCAAAAAAUGCGGUAACUUUUUACUUGUAACACCCAAAUUUUUAAUUUUAUUAAAAAAAUAAUCCAAAGAAAGGGAAAGACUCCUGAAACCGUCGUAGUUUUAGGUUCGUCGUAGCGGCGUAGUCUUGGGCUUAAAAACGUAUAGUUACUACAGCGAAAGCAUAGGGUUUAACGGGUCUGGUUUACUGAUUCCUUGCCGUACUCCGUUUAACUUAUAAUGAAAACUAAAUUAGCUGACUAGCGUUGGUUUAUUAUUGGCUGGGUCUGUGGAGAGGGUGGUCUGGCCCGGGCGGCACUUUAUAUUAAGGGGCGGGAUUUUCGGACAAAUGCAGUUGUUUUUUGGUUUUUUUUUCGUGUUAGCGUUCGGUGUAGGAAAUCUUGGCCCACCCUGGGCGACACUAACCCCAGCUACGCCAAUGAUUGUUAUACACACAAAUAUAUACACAGUAUUACAACUGCCCCUGGCUGAAUGUCUUGGAAAAGUCAAUUGUAAAUGACCAGUUUCUUGUAACGCUUAUUAUUAGACUAUACCUGACAAUGACUGAUUUCUUAUAAUACCAAUUCUAAGUCUGUACCAGAAAAUGACUAACUUCUUGUGAAGCUAAUAAUACUUCUUUACGUGACUCUGACUUAAGUUUUGUAAUACCAAAAUCAAAUUUCUGAAUCUGGCAAACGUAAGCUUGAAUCAAACAUUCAUAUUUGUUGGAUGGCUUGCUUGUAGCUUUGAAGAUACCUACCACUGGGGACCCUCAACCGUAUCACAGCCUUAUUUAAACAUAGCUUUGUUGUACUUUGACCCAAAUUUAUGUACAGGGUUCCCCCCAGCGAGCCCCUCUGCCUAAUUGCAUGCCCGAUGAAGCCCUUUAUCGCUUCAACAGAACAGGUAUUCGUAUCACGCGUCAUAGCGUUUACGUUAUAGUUUACAUUAUCCGGAAACCGUGCCACUGAAAUUUUGAGUGUCACUUUGUAUUUUGGCCCUAAAGCCGUUUCAAGAAUCGGUGCGGAGUUUGAAGCAGUUCGUUGCGAGAAAAGCCAUUCCACGCAGUAUUCUAUAAAAGCGACAUAGUUGUCAUAAAAACAAUUCAAAUUCGAAUUAGGACGCUUGACUGGUUUGGUGGUAAGACAAGUUUCAUCAUAUGGUACGUGCACAGCAAGAGCCCCCAAUAUAAAUUAUACAGUACUUGCAGUGUAGUGCUGGAUGUAUUUUUUUUUUAAUAAGUAGGACCUGCUAGCAUUUGUAACGUAAAAUAUGAUGUGCAAAUCCUCGCCCCCCCCCCCUUUUUUUAUUACAUAAAAAAAAUUUUUUUUUGGCAUAAUUCGAUGGAACCAGAUUAAUUUUGUCGUAAAUAGGCACUAGUUAUACUUAAUCACAAACUUUUAGUUUAAAAGUUUUAAUACACAUAAUAUCCUUGCACUACUGUAUACGCACGGUUAUAUUAUAGCGCGAUGUAGCGACUCCCUGGCCUAUUUUUUUAACUUCAACAUUGAGCUAUUUGUAGCUUCCUAGCAUUUUAGCCCUAGUAUGGCCUUGAUAUUGACUUCACCGAGUAAAUGUGCCGUACCGCCUCUUACCCACCCCACCCUUGGUUCGAAUAAGGUUGUUAAAUUCGAAUGUGUUCCAUUUGUUCCAAAAAAAAAUGUCAUUAGGUGAAGCAAUUUCUAGAAUUUCUUUACUAGAGAGGUUGGAUUUAAUUCCUUUAUAACCCCCGACCUUUUUUAUAAACAGAUAUACGGAGCGAGACAGAGAUAGAGAGGGAGAGAUUGUUUGCUAUACGAGACGCUUUAUGAUUGUGUGUGUGUGUGUGUAAAUAAAUAUUUGAAUUUUUAGGGGGGUACCCUUUUCACUUGCUGUAAGCUGAUAGAGUUUUUUCUUGGUUUUUUCUGUACUUGAAUUUUCAUUUUUUAUUGAAAUGUAUUGGUAAAAUCAAAUUGAUUGUUGCUAGUCUCAGCAGCUACUAAUAGUAUCUUUUUCUCUACACAACGUUUCCUCAGUCCCUAAUUACAUAUUGCUUUUUCUAUUAGCAAAAUGUUAAUCCAGAAAAAAAAUCUUCUAAACCACAACAGGACGUAACACCCAGAUUACCUUUCCUGUUAACAGUACAGCUAUGGGAAUACUGGUAUUGUGGACCUUGCUGGUCCCUAGUAUAAUUGUAUAACUUAGAACGUUAACGGCAAAAAAAAAAAAAAAGCAAAACAACCUCCCUUUGAGUGAAAGAGUCGAUGCGAAUUAUGAUUAUUCAAUCCUUAUGUUCAGACACGCAAUGUACUGGUAUUAAUGGCAAUUAAAUUCUGUACCGUUUCAGAUGAAUGGACAUAGUCACGUGUCGUUGCCCAUCUACUCGAACAAGACGGUACAGAGAGCACCGAGGUCCAGCAACAUGCCAAGCUACGGUGAUGCUACGGGCGACAACCAAUCUCUGGUCAGCAAGCUUAAGGCCCACUACAAAAACCGCUCGGCGACGGACACCAACUCCAAGCAUUUCUUCAGGAUCCUCUUCCAAUUCCAGGCCAUCACUCAGCUCUACAUGACCUUGAACUACAUCAUCCCUUACGUUUUCUCGGAAUUCGAACCCACCAGCCAGUACUACCUCAAGGUCUUCGCUUGCUACGUGUUCACCAUGGGCCAGGCCAACUGGCUCUGUUCAAUCUGCUACUCGAGCCGGCUACCGGACAUGCGGGACCGGCCGAAUCUCGAUUUCAGAGAAUGGUUCGAGAACCCUCCCGAAACCUUCGGCCAGAACGGGAUCAUCAAGACGAACCUGCACACCAUGGACGAAAACGGGUUGGAGUGGAGGUACUGCAGCAAGUGCGAGCGCUACAAGCCGCCGAGAGCUCACCACUGCGACGCCUGCAGGAUGUGUGUCCUCCGCAGGGACCAUCACUGCUUCCUGAUUGGGAAAUGCAUCGGCCACUUCAACCAGCGGUACUUCAUUGUCUUCUGCUUCCUCGGGGUCUUCACCGGACUCAUCGGUUUUAUCCUCACGGUGACCUACCUCAUCAGCCUGCCGGACCCGGUCACGUGGGUGGACUACGUGUUCCCGUGGUCGCUGUUCAAGUUUCUCAUCGGCAAGGUUUCGUGGCAGUUUGUGCUGCUGACUUUCCACGCUGAGAUGCUCGCGGUGUUCGGGGGGAUGAGCGUCAUCUACGGGAUCGGGCAGAUGAGUAUUGUCUGCCUCGGGUUUACCCUUUACGAGGUAGCCAAGUCGGUAGAUGUUAAAGUCACUAGCUCGAGGGCGGAGAACAUCAGGAUGGUGUUUGGGGACUACUGGGGGCUCAACUUUUUGUUUCCGGCCCAGAUACUGUUCAAGCAGCGGCAUGACGGGAUGCACUACGACAACAUCAAGAUCGGGAAUAAUAAAGUCAGUGUAGAGUAGGGUUGAAUUCAGUGUGCAGAACGAUAAAGUUAGUGUGGGGUAGUAUAAUAUAAGUGUGGACUAGUGUUAAGUCAGUGUGGAGUAGGUAUUACUCAGUAUGGGACAGUGUUAAUUUAGUGUGGAAUAGGGUUAAUUCAGUAUGGAGUAGGUUUAAGUCAGUGUUGAGUAGGGUUAACUCAGUGCGGAGUAGGAUUUAGCCAUUGUAGAGUAGGGUUAAUUCAGUGUGGAGUAGGGUAAAGUUAGUUUGGAGUGGAGUUAAUUUAGUGUGGAGUUGGGUUUUGUCUGUUUAGAUUAGGUUUAACUCAGUGUGGAGUAGGUUUAAGUCAGUUUGGAGCGAAGUUAUUUCAGUAUGAAUUAGGGUUUAACCAGUCAGGAGUAGGGUUUCAGUGUAGAGUAGGGUUAAGGGAAUUUGGAGUAGGUUAAAAUCCGUGAGGAGUAGGGUAAAGGCAGUGUGGAUCACGGUAAGUUGAAUGUCGAGUAGGGUAAAGUCAGCAUGGAGUAGGUUAUUAAAGUAGUGUGGAGUAGAUUAAAUCAGUAGGGUGUAGGUUAAAGUCAAGUCAGUGUGGAUAAGGUUAAAGUCAGUGUGGAUAAGGUUAAAGUCAGUGUGGAUAAGGUUAAAGUGAGUGUGGAUAAGGUUAAAGUGAGUGUGGAUAAGGUUGAAGUCAGUGUGGAUAAGGUUCAAGUCAGUGUGGAUAAGGUUCAAGUCAGUGUGGAUAAGGUUAAAGUCAGUGUGGAUAAGGUUAAAGUCAGUGUGGAUAAGGUUAAAGUCAGUGUGGAUAAGGUUAAAGUCAGUGUGGAUAAGGUUAAAGU